AUGUAUUAACCGCGGCGCACAUCUCUGCCGAAGCACCAAAGCAAGCAUCACAGCGGUGCCAGACAUCAAUAAACAAGUAGUUAAUUUGAAUGAGAUUUGGUCACUACAAAUACGAUGUUUUUUCAAUCAGAAUAUGGUCGUUUCUUAGUAUAACAUCUUGGUAAUCAAACUUCUACGCAAAUCGAUCAAUAAUUUCAUUUUCCAACGCCAUUUCUUUCAAAAUAUUUGGUUUGGUUUUCAUUUAAACAUGCUGCUACCGCUCAAGCUUUACGAACUAUCAUCCAGUUCGGCAGCACUGAUUUGCCAAUCAUCUGUGAAUGUAUGCGAGUGCAAAACGUGGCGAGCGAGCAUACACGAUUCGUCGCGCCACACAUUGUUGUGACUUCUCCUUUGCGAGAAAGAAAAACAAUCACAAUGAAACUGUCACUUGCUAGGGAAAGGAAGUGCGUUGGUGUGUGCGUGCAGAAUGCUCUACGCUGAGAAAAUGUGAACGUGUGCUGUGCAUACGGUUGGGAUGAAUAAAGAGACCAACCGAUGAGAUGAAAUUUUAUGGUGUGCUGAAGAUAGGUGCGAGUGGCUCGCGAUUUGUGAUCGCAAUUAAAUCAAAUAUUAAAGAUAAAUCCCACUCUAGUGCAUCGUAGGAUCAACAGUGGAAGUGAGCACGUGUGUUAAAGGACUUGCAUUCGUUUCUUGCCGAGUUCGAGUGCACCGGCCGUGUCGCCACGAGUGAAAAUGAACAGCACUCGCCAUCGGUUGAUACGCGAGCUGAAUCGAUUAGCGUCCACUUCGGCCACAUCGUCAGCCCCCUCGGCCCCGCAGACCACCGCCCAGAGCACCGCCGCCGCCUCCGCCACUCAACAGAGCAACAAAAUCCCCAGUUCCAGCUAUGCCACCAGCACCUGUCCCCACAUGAUGGACGUGGCCUCGGUUGCCGUCAAUAGCCGGCUUCACCCCGCCGCCACCGCAGCACACAUCCAGCAGCAGGCCCCACCGACGAUCAAACUGGAAAACGCUCGACCCUACUCGGAGGUUCCCGGCCCGAAACCACUGCCGAUUCUGGGCAACACUUGGCGCGUUUUCCCCAUCAUCGGCCAGUACAAAAUCUCCGAUGUGGCGAUGAUAUCGUUUCUGCUGCACGAGCACUUCGGCCGGAUAGUGCGACUAGGGGGCCUCAUCGGUCGGCCCGAUCUGCUGUUCGUGUACGAUGCUGAUGAAAUUGAAAAGGUGUACCGUAACGAAGGUCCCACACCGUUCCGACCGUCCAUGCCCAGUCUGGUCAAGUACAAAAGCGAGCUGCGAAAAGAUUUCUUCGGAGAUUUGCCCGGCGUGGUUGGAGUUCACGGAGAACCAUGGCGCGAGUUCCGUUCCCGAGUGCAGAAACCAGUCCUUCAGCUAUCCACCGUCCGUCGUUACGUAACCCCGCUGGAACAGGUCACCGAAGAGUUCAUCGACCGGUGCAACCAAAUGUUGGAUCACAAUAAGGAACUGCCGGACGAUUUUGACAACGAAAUCCACAAGUGGUCACUGGAAUGCAUCGGUCUGGUGGCCUUGGAUACCCGACUCGGUUGUCUGGAGCCGAAUUUGUCGGAUAACUCCGAACCGCAGCAGAUUAUCAAUGCAGCAAAAUACGCGCUGAGAAACGUUGCUACAUUGGAGCUGAAGGCACCCUACUGGCGGUACUUCCCGACGCCCCUGUGGUCCAAAUACGUGAACAAUAUGGAUUAUUUCGUGAAGGUUUGCAUGAAAUACAUCAAGAACGCCACUAAACGCAUGAACUUGGGCGAAGGACGAGCCCUGGACGGUGAACCUUCUCUUCUGGAGCGAGUCAUCAAGAGCCAGAAAGAUGAACGGCUAGCGGUGGUCAUGGCGUUGGAUUUGAUUCUGGUUGGAAUCGACACCAUCUCGAUGGCAGUGUGCUCAAUUCUUUACCAAUUGGCCACCCGACCGGUUGAACAGCAGAAGGUCUACGAAGAGCUCAAGCGAAUCAUGCCGGAUCCGAACACUCCACUCACAUACCAGCUGUUGGAUCAGGCUCACUACCUGAAGGCAUUUAUCAAGGAAGUUCUCCGGGUGUACAGUACCGUGAUCGGAAACGGACGAACGCUGCAGGAGGACACCGUCAUCUGCGGCUACAGGAUUCCCAAGGGGGUCCAAUGCGUCUUCCCGAACCUGGUGACCGGCACGAUGGAGGAGUACGUAACCGACGCCAAGAGCUUCAAACCGGAACGUUGGCUCAAGCCCAGCCAGGGCGGAACCGGUGACAAUCUGCACCCGUUCUCGACGCUGCCAUACGGUUACGGAGCCCGCAUGUGCCUCGGGCGUCGCUUUGCCGAUUUGGAGAUGCAAAUACUGCUGGCUAAGCUGCUGCGCUCGUACAAGCUCGAGUUCCACCACAAACCUCUGAAGUACGUGGUGACCUUCAUGUACGCGCCCGAGGGAGCCCUCAAGUUCAAGAUGACGCCCCGGGAGUGAAGCACAGGGAGUUGACGGGACGGUGACGGAUGACAGACAAGAUUCCUUAGGAUUGUUAGGUUUAUUCUAUUUUUGUUCAACGUAAAUGCAAGUUUAACCAGUUUACCGUGUACAUAACCAACUAAUGUAAAUUUUAUACUCUAUCUUAUGAAAUAAAAAUUGUGAGAUGAGUUGGCA